AUGGUGAAUGCAGCAAGUGGUGGAGGGCUAGUGAAUAAGACUCCAGGAGAUGCAACUAGGUUGAUUGCAGAGCUAGCAGAAAAUUCUAGGCAAUUCAGUCAGAGAACUCCCACGCGCCGGGUGAAUUUAGCAAAUUCGAAUACAACUGAGUUAGAGAGUCAAGUAGCUGAUUUGACUUCUAUGAUGCGUGAGUUCAUGGUGAACUCAAGGAAUCCACAGCAACUGAAUGCUUGUGGUUUAUGCACCUCCAUGGGACAUCCCACUGAUGCAUGUCCUCAAUUACAAGAGGAGCAGAAUGAGCAGGCCAACGCCUUAGGUUUUCAAGGGCAAGGUCCGCAGAGAAGAUAUGAUCCCUUUUCAAAUACCUACAACCCAGGAUGGAGAGAUCAUCCAAAUUUGAGAUAUGGGAAUUCCCAAGGAAACCAACAACAUCAGCAUGCUCAAGGUCAACAACAGUUUCAGCAAUAUAGGGCACCGUUCCUAACACCUCAAGGCCAAAGCUCUAAUUCAGGUAAUAUGUCAACUGAAGAAAUGAUUAGAUCACUAACUUCUAAUGUUUCUACCAUGCAGCAGAAUAUGAUGCAGUUUCAACAAGAAACAAGAUCAAGUAUUCAAAACCUGGAGAAUCAAGUCAGUCAAAUCUCAAGUGCAGUAAGCCGACUUGAAGCUAAGGACUCUGGAAAGCUUCCAUUCCAAACGGAGCUGAACCCUAAGCAACAAGUUAAUGCAAUAACAUUGAGAAGUGGCAAAAAGUUGCAAGAAACUGUAGUUGCACCUAAGAAGGCUAAAGACUUGAUUGGAGUUGAGGAGGAGGAAGUAGAACAAGAAACUAAGGCGAAUCCGCCAACCUUUACCUCUUAUGAGCCUGUGCCACCUUUCCCAGAAGCCUUGCAAGAUACUCGAAGGUAUGAGAAAGACAAGGAUAUUUAUGAGACUUUCAGCAAAUGUGAGGUAAAUAUGCCCCUCUUGAAUGUGAUUAAAAGUGUUCCUCGUUUUGCUAAGUUUAUGAAGGAACUGUGUACGAUCAAGAGAAAGCACAGCUUGGGAGGAAAAGAAAAAAGUGAAGGAGACACCACAUUACACCGAGCCAUGUUGGACCUAGGUGCAUCAAUCAAUGUCAUUCCCUACUCCCUGUUUAAAUCUUUAGAACUUGGGCCUUUGCAUGAAACUGGGGUAGUAAUUCAGUUAGCUGAUAGGUCCAAUGUAUAUCCUAAGGGGGUAGUAAAAGAUGUACUUGUUAAGGUUGAUGGAUUGAUCCUUCCUGCUGACUUUUACGUCCUUGACAUGGAACAUGACAAACAAGCAGCCCCCAUCCUGUUAGGAAGACCUUUCUUAAAGACUGCUAAGACAAAAAUCGAUGUGUCUACCGGUUCUUUGACUAUGGAGGUUGAUGGGAAAGCAAUUGUGUAUAACAUUUAUGAUACCAUAAAGUAUCCUGUUGAUACUCAUUCUUUAUAUUCUAUAAAUGUUGUCGAUCCAAUAUUGCAUGAUGUUUCUAACAUUGAUCAUGGGGAUGAGCUCCUCACACCUAUUACUAAUGUUGUGUCUGGUGAUUGCUUGGAUUCUUCUAUACCUACUAAUGUGCAGGUGAAGGUGGCGGAAUUGAAUGAACAGUCCAAGCUUCUACCUAUACCACUAGGGGCAACACCCACCCCGUCAUCAUUUCCGGGCAAGAAAUUAUCCCAGGUAUACCACAAAGCAAAGAAUAAGGUGUGGCAUGACAAGAUGAGCUCCCGUUGGAAGGGUCCAAUUCAAGUUGACAAGGUCUAUCCGCAUGGAGCGGUAGAAAUUCGGAGUUUAGAGACCAACAACAUGUUCAAAGUGAAUGGAAAAAGGCUCAAACCAUACUACGAAGGGUUCAAGGUCGAGAAUUUGGAGAACAUCGAUCUCUACGAGCCAUCAAUUGAUUAA